AUGUCAAUUGUCAUAUUUAAAAAUAAAUUAGUAAACAUUUUCGAUAUAUAUCAUAUAUAUAGAUCUCAGGCAGAGAUGACGAACCAAGCUUCACCAGUAGAGGAGCAGGAAAAGCUCCUCGAAGAAGCUUUAAAUGUUGUCAAAGUGCAGGCUUUCCAAAUGAAAAGAUGUUUGGACAAAUCGAAACUUAUGGACGCACUUAAACAUGCAUCUACUAUGCUGGGGGAGCUUAGGACUUCUCUUUUAUCACCCAAAAGCUAUUAUGAGCUAUAUAUGGCAAUAACGGAUGAACUAAGACACUUAGAGCUUUACCUUCUUGAAGAGUUUCAAAAGGGUCGCAAGGUUGCCGAUUUAUAUGAGCUAGUACAAUAUGCUGGUAACAUUGUACCACGCUUAUAUCUGCUUAUUACUGUUGGUUUAGUGUAUAUCAAGACUAAUACAAACCUUCGAAGGGAUCUAUUGAAGGAUCUUGUUGAGAUGUGCCGUGGUGUACAGCAUCCUCUAAGAGGACUCUUCCUGAGAAACUACUUACUGCAGUGUACAAGAAAUAUUUUGCCUGAUACCACUGAAGCCCCAAAUGAAAAUGAAGGGACUGUGCGAGAUGCAAUUGAUUUUGUUCUUAUGAACUUCGCGGAAAUGAACAAGCUGUGGGUGCGAAUGCAACAUCAAGGCCAUUCAAGAGAUAAGGAGCGUAGAGAACGUGAACGUUCAGAACUCAGGAUUUUAGUGGGGACUAAUUUGGUCAGACUGUCCCAAUUGGAGUCCGUAGGAGUCGAGGACUAUAGAAGACUAGUGCUCCCUGGAAUCCUGGAGCAGGUAGUAAGCUGUCGGGAUGCUAUAGCACAGGAGUACCUCAUGGAAUGUAUAAUACAGGUAUUCCCGGAUGAGUUCCAUCUGGCCAAUCUGCAACCGUUCCUCAAAUCUUGCGCAGAGUUGCAACCCGGUGUUAAUAUAAAGAAUAUCAUUAUAGCUUUGAUUGAACGCUUGGCUGCAUAUAGUCAGAGAAACGAGGGUAACGUUAACCUAAGCGUCGUUCUAGAAGAUGGAAAAGAGCAAGAAGUUCAGCUAUUUGAAGUGUUCUCAGACCAGGUCGCCGCUAUUACCCAGAGUCGUACAGAUAUGCCGUCCGAAGAUAUGUUGUCGUUGCAACUAGCAUUAUUAAAGCUGGCUCAACGCUGUCACCCGGAUAAGCUAAGCUAUGUGGAUAGAGUUUUGGCUCAUACUGACAGGAUUUGUGCUGAUAUACAACAAACAAGUGGAAAGGACCACAUAGAACACAACACGGCUGUUUUCAAAGAGCUGAUGAAAAUUCUCAAACUACCCGCGGAUCACUACAAAAAUAUUCUCACGCUGAUAAAACUUCAGAAUUACGCGCCACUGAUUAAGAGACUUAAUCAACCCGGAAGAUUGAUGAUCGCCGUCCAUUUGGUUAAUGAUGUUCUUGAGAGUGAUACGACGGUGUCUGUGCCCGAAGACGUGGAUGCUGUACUGUCAAUGGUGGAUGUUUUAGUAAAAGAUCAAUCUGAUCAAGUUGAGGAGAGCAUCACUGAAGAUUUUGUUGAAGAACAAGGACUUAUGGCUAGGCUAAUACAUCAUUUCAAAUCGGAGUCAGCUGAUCAGCAGUACCAGAUAUUAAGCGCAGCAAGGAAAGCGCUGCAAAGUGGCGGCGCCAAGCGGAUACAGCAUACAUUCCCACCAAUCGUAUUCCACGCUUACCAACUCGCAUUUACCUAUAAGGAACUCAAGGAUCAGGAUGAGAUGUGGGAAAAGAAAUGCCAAAAGAUUUUCCAGUUCUGUCAUCAAACCAUCAGUAUGCUCGUGAAGGCUGAAUUGGCUGAACUGCCCUUGAGACUAUACCUACAAGGAGCGCUAGCGAUCGGUGAAAUUGGUUUUGCGAAUCACGAGACCAUCGCAUACGAAUAUUUAUCUCAAGCCUUCUCCUUGUAUGAAGACGAGAUCUCCGAUAGCAAAGCACAGUUGGCAGCUAUAACACUAAUUAUAGCGACCUUCGAGCAAAUCAAUUGCUUUGGCGCUGAAAACGCUGAACCUAUGCGUACCCAGUGCGCGCUGGCAGCCAGUAAGUUGUUAAAGAAGCCGGACCAAAGUCGCGCAGUGGCCCUUUGUGCUCAUCUCUUCUGGAAAGGCGCUAAAGAUGGAAAACAGUGGCCGCUGAACGAGGCGUCUAGAGCACUCGACUGUCUGAAGAAAGCUGCCAGGGUCGCGCAACAGUGUAUGGACGGUGGCAUCCAAGCUCAGCUGUUGGCCGAACUGCUGGGCAGAUACGUGCUACUGAGGGAACGGGGCAACGACGCGCUCACUACUAAUCUCAUACAGGCGAUAAUACAAAAGAUCCGGGAAGAGCUCGCUAAUCUUGAUCAAAGUGAAGAAGUAGAACAAGUGACCAAGCACUUCCACAACACACUUCAGCACCUUCAGAGUCGCCUCGACUGUCCCGAUCCAGACUCCUUGGGAUACGAGGGACUCCAGCUCGCCUAA